AUGAGUCCAGAGGUGCACCAACUACGCCUGGAGCUCUAUCGGGCUGCGGUAAAACUAGACGAUUUGUGUUUGUUCAAUGCUGCCAAAUGGGCUACUGAGGCAUUGCAAGGGCUAGUGCCUUCGGAAGAGGCGUUUGACUAUACUCCAUCUGAACUCAGUGCCGAGGAGAAACAAGACCGUGUACUGUUUAUGUUGGCGAAAAAUUACUUCAAUUGCAAGGAAUUUGAACGUGCUGCUCAUACGCUUCGAAAUUGUGUUUCUGGCGAUGCGUUGUUUCUUCGGUUGUACUCGAUGUAUAUCAGUAUAGACAAGAAGGCUACUGAGGAUACUGAUGGGUCGGUGAACACGGUGCAGCUUCAAAGCAUGCUCAAGCAGUCAGAUACGAGUGAAAGCGAACACCGGUACCAGAUCGUGGACGAGCUAAAUUCGAGUCUAGGUAAGAUCAUGGUGGAGAUUGACCAGUACCAUGAGAAGGCAGAGGAGAAUGCCCAUCUACAGUUCUUGGCUGGUUUAACCUAUAACAAGAAGAAAAAGCAUCAGAUGGCCCAGGAACGGCUUUUUGCCUCGGUGAAGUUGUUCCCGUAUAACUGGAGCUGUUGGCAGGAGCUUAUAGCGACGAUACCUACAUUUGAAGAAGCACAGGUGUUUCUCUUACAAGUGAGGAAGAAAGAGCCGGCGUUUGCAUCCCACGUCAUGUUCCAGUUCUUUGAGGUCGUGUUGCUUCAGGAAUUCUACCAGCAGCUGGCCACAUUCAGCGAGAAAGUCACGUCUUUAAUUGAGUUAUUCCCUAGUUUCGUCUUUCUCAAGGUCCAGAACUUCUUGGUAGCUUACCACGGGCUUGACUACUUCCAGGCAGAGCAAAUGUUCGAUGAAAUUAUCGCCAAAGAUCCUCUUCGUCUUGAUGACCUAGACACAUACUCCAAUAUGCUUUACGUGAUGGAGAAGAAGUCUAAGCUCUCUUACCUCGCUCAUUAUGCAUCCCAGGUCGACAACUUCCGGUCUGAAACGUGCUGUAUCGUUGCCAACUACCAUUCCAUGAAAGGCGAGCACGAAAAGGCCAUUAUGUACUAUAGAAGAGCCCUUCUCCUCAACAAGAACUGUCUCAGUGCUUGGACGUUGAUGGGCCAUGAGUUCGUGGAGCUCAAAAACUCCCAUGCUGCCAUUGAAUCUUAUAGGCGAGCAGUUGACAUCAAUGCUAAGGAUUUCAGGGCCUGGUACGGUUUGGGCCAGGCUUACGAGGUCUUGGAUAUGCAUUUGUAUGCCCUUUACUAUUACCAGCGUGCUACUAAUCUUCAACCUAUGGAUAAGAGAAUGUGGCAGGCAAUUGGAAACUGUUAUGAGAAGAUUGAUAAGUUGGAAGAGGCUGUUCGUUCAUUUGAAAAGGCAUUGGCAAUUGAUAGUCUUAAUGAGGUUGACACAGAGGGAGGUGAGCCUCAUGUAAGCAUUGAGCCACACAUCUGCUACAAGCUUGCUACCAUUUCUGAAAAACUUGGACGUUCUAAGGAAACAUAUCGUUUCAUGCGGAUGUGCUUGGAACAGGAGUUUGACUGGGGACUUAGUGAUGAGACAUCGAAAGCAAGGCUAUGGCUUGCUAGGCAUGCAUUGGAAAACCAGCGGUUCAAUGAAGCUUACGACUUGGCGAAGGAAUUCAACUUUAAUAAUGCUCACGAUGUGGAAGAGGCUAGGGCUAUUGCAAAAGAUGCUAGGGGUAGAAUGACGUAUUAA